UCAGAAUCACUCUUCAUUCUUAACACACUAUCAAGUGUAUACGUUACCAUGGCAAUGGUUUUGGUUUGGUAGUGUUGACAUUUAAAAACAAGAGUUCUUGAAAGUCAAUUCCAGUGACUCAAUCAGAUCAUUGUUGAUCCACUCUUCAGCUGAACACAUACCGUUCAUUUGUGCCUGUUGAAUCAACUGUGCUUGAGUACGCUCUACUCUCCAGUCUAUUAGAAAUCGUUGGAACAUUUUCAUUGUGACUUUGACACUUCAGCCUGCUCUGCAUGUACAGCAACAACAUACCAAUGGAGUUCGUUGAAGGAAGCAGAGGCAUCUACAAACCCAUCAGGGUGUUGUUCGACACGCCCAUAUAUGAGCGGGCUUUGCAGCUCUGCUGGCAUGUGAAGUCUUACAAGUCCAAGAUUGCAUUGGUGAUUGAACUUUUGAGGCUUCAGCGGGAAGAUAGGAUCCCAUCUAAGGUGACUUUGGAAGAUAUGACAGACCUGCUGGUAGAGCAAAGCAAAGAUACAAUAAGAGUGCAGCUCUGGGAGUUUGAAUUGGAGGACUUUGAUGAGGAAGAGGCCAAGCCUCUUCUCACGCUGGUGUGGGAGGUAAACAACAGCAUGAAAAUGAGAGACAUUGAGUUUGAAGCCACAAGGCUACUCAAGUCACCAGAAGACAUUCCUCCUUGUUUUCAACAUCCAAAGCUUGUUAAUUUGGCUCAAGAGUACGGCAGGAGCCUGACAGAGCAGCUGCAGUCGGCCCCCAGGUCCAAACUGCUCAGCCCAGGAGAUGUGGUGGUGGAGGUCGUUCCAAAAGUCCUGCAGGGCUUCUGGUUACCUCCUCCAAGCACCUUCCUCGACAUGCCCUCCCAGCAGCUCAGUGAAAUGGCUGUUAGUGUCACAAAGUUUGUUUUGGACCGGGUCUCCACUGCUUUGUCCACUGUGCACCAUCGGGUCAACUUCUUCCGCUCCAUCAGAGACAGCAUGGUCCUGUCUAUCCAGGAAACGGUUAGGCAGAUGUACCCUCAAGACGUCCUGAGGAGAAGGCUUAACUGCUUUGCAGCACAAGUGCUGAACACUAUUGUUGAUGCUGCAGUGAAAGAGGUCCUUCUGCUGUUUCAGCCUCAGACCGAUACCCAUGUGCCUGCAAAUACAAGCACCAAAAACAAUUGCACCCAGCACACCCAGGCUGGAGAUUUGAAUGAGGAACCUGGUCUGGAGGAAGAUGGAGAACCAAUCCAAGAUCCAGAAUCAUCUGUUUUGUAUUCUCCACCCAGUCCUCUGACUCCCAAUGCUGAACCUGCUGCCAAUAUUUUCUUGGAUGUAACAGUAUCAUCUGCCUCUAUGCCCCGCCUAGAAGCCUGCUCUGCUGUGGUUCCAGCUCUGCCAUCUUCUGUUCCCCCUACUGAUGAACCUCUUGCCAUCACUGUCAUUCAGGAUGGUUUGACAAUCAGCCAGAUUGAACCAGCGGAGCAGUUGACCCCAGAGACAGACUUUGCCGAGGUGUCAUCACCACCACUUCCUCUGACCCCUGCCACUGAACAUCCAGUCACGACAUCAGUCCUGGAUAGUAACCAUAUGAAUGAAAGGACCACCAGAAAACCUGACUCUUCUGUCUUGUCUCCUCCACACGGUUCUCUGACUAGUUCUAAAUCUUCUGCAAACAUUGACUUGGAUGAAACGGAGGAUUCUUCCUCUGUGCCCAGCCUAAAAGCUCCUGUGGCUACAGCUCAUCCAGCGCCUCCUCCUGCUGAACCCACAGUGACUACGUCAGCCCUUAAUAGUGAGGACUUGAGCGAGCAGAUCACCACAGAACCAGACUCUGUUGUGGCUUCAGCUCCAACACCUACCGUGACCCCUGCUGAGGAACCUCCUACCAUCACUGUUGUCCAGGAUGGUUUGACAAUCAGCCAGAUUGAACCAGCUGAGCAGCCUGCACCAAAGGCCGACUUUGCUAAGGGGACAUCUCCACCACUUCCCAUGACUCCCCCUGCUGAACCCCCAGUCAUGACUUUAGUCCUGAAUGGUGAGGAUGUGAUCAAGGAGCUCAGCAGAGAACCAGACUCAGCUGUGACUGCGACUCUACAGGCUCUUCCAAUCAACCAUGAUGCAGCGCAGGAUGACCUUACAAUCAGCCAGGUUAAGGUUGAAAAGAAGAGUGGAGUCCAGCGCUUCUUCAGUUGGUUCAGGAAAACACUAUGCUGCUGUUGCCUGCCUGAAGACGCAGACUGAGGGCCAGAUGUACUAACGCUUUUGCACCCACUUCAGGCGUAUUUGUUUCGCAACGUGCGUGUAAAAGCAUGG